GCCCCGGUGAGCUGGAUGGAGUGCGAAGUGUGAGUCCGGGACUUGGCUCUGAGAAUUGGGGUGUGGGCAAGGUGUCACCCACCAGCAGUCUUAAGCCACACUCCGGUCUCUGGAUUCUCCAUCUGCCCUGGACAGGAAGUUGGCCUGUGAUAGAUCUUAGUUUUCUCCCUUAAGAUCUUCAGCCUGGUGUUCAUCCUAGAGUCUCUUUCCCAGUAAGCUUACAACGGAACACCUCAACCUGUUUCCAUUGUAUUUAAAUCAUAAGGAUGGCUGGCAUGGUGCUGGGAGUGGGUGCUGGCGUGUUCCUCCUUGCUCUGAUCUGGGUGUUGGUGCUGCUGCUGUGUGUGCUGUUAUCCAGAGCCUCUGGGAUAGCUAGGUUCUCCAUCGUCUUUGUCUUCCUUGGUGCUCUGAUAAUCACUACAAUUCUACUGCUUUUCCCCCGAGCCAGUGAAUUCCCAGCCCCAGAGAUGGAAACAAAGAUUGUGGAUGCCUUUUUCAUCGGCCGCUAUGUCCUGUUGGCUUUCCUCAGUGCAGUCUUUCUUGGAGGCCUCUUCUUGCUUCUUACUCACCAUGUGCUGGAACCAAUCUAUGCCAAACCACUGCGGUCCUGCUGAGCGUGAUAAUGGAAACAUGGGACAUUUUGAUGCUAUGGAUGAGCACAAAGGCACUCUCUGGAGCCCUCAUGACAACCUUCAUGACUUCAGACCAAAGGAAUGACUGCUUGUCACUAAGACAAACCUCUUGAGCCUUGGCUUUCAGAACUCAGCAGCAAAACAGACUCUGGGUGUAGAUUGUCACCAUCUGAAGACGGAUCCGACUGUCUUCUAGUACCCAUACUCCAGGACUUCUGUUUUGAAUGGGAAGUAGUAACAGUGAUCUGCCUGGGGCAGAUGUUCAGUCUAGCCAUCAGUAGUGGAUCUGGGGAGAAGAAGGCUCUGUAGACCAACAGAAGAACCUGGUCCUUUUGUUUGGAAGAGGAAGGCAUUCAGACAUGAAAGGCUGCUUUACUGUGAUAGCUUGGAGGUUGUAUUCGGCAGCAGGUACUGACCACUCCUUAUGUCAUGCCACGGAGCUCUAGAGAGUGAGUGGCACUUGCCUGCAUUCUAAUAAAGCGAUAAACAGCUACCAAAGGGCUUUCUCUUCAAACUCCUGCCUACAGCUUUUGUAUAUUUACAUUUUAAGUUUGCUUAGAGAUUAGAAGAGAGGUAUGGAAAUGUUAGAUGUCUUCCAUGUCUCUUGGGUCUUCUCCCAGGGUUUGGUGGCCUCUGGAUGCCUUAUUUAAGUAUUUAGUAUCAUGUAGGAGUCCUCUUUGGGCUUUGGCCCUUUCUUUUCCUUUGUACUUUGGUAGUAUUGGGGAUUGAACCUAGGGCUUCACACAUGAUAGCUAAGUAUUCUACCAUCCUCUAUUCUUU